AUGGCCGAAGAAAACAUUGUGUCCCUCCCAAGAUAUUAUUCAGGAGUCUGCGAGGAAAAAGGCGAGGAGUACUACGACUACAGAUCUUAUGAACCCACUUUUUAUGCUCAAGAAGGCUAUGAGCUCAUCAAGAAGAUCGGCCGAGGCAAAUACUCCGAAGUUUAUGAAGGAGUAGAUGCUAAGAAUGACAACCGGAUCGUAGUGAAGAUCCUCAAGCCUGUAAAAGAUGAGAAAAUCAGAAGAGAAAUCAAGAUUUUGAAUGAUCUCAAGGGUGGUACCAACGUCAUCCAGCUCCUUGAUGUAGUCAAGGACGAAAUAUCUGGAACUCCUGCUCUCAUCACUGAAUUUGUUGACACAGGCGAUUAUGAUUUCAGAGAGCUUUAUUCCACCUUCACAGAUUUUGACGUUCGCUACUAUAUGUAUGAGAUCCUGAAGGGAUUGGAUUAUUGCCAUUCACAAGGUAUCAUCCAUAGGGAUAUCAAACCACACAAUGUGAUGAUAGACCACAACAAAAAGAAGCUCAGAAUCAUUGACUGGGGGCUAGCCGAGUACUACCUCCAAGGAGAGGAAUACAACGUCAGGGUCGCGUCCAGAUAUUUCAAAGGUCCUGAACUCCUUGUUGGGUACAGAACUUAUGAUUACUCGCUUGAUAUGUGGAGCCUCGGCUGCAUGCUUGCAGGUAUGAUCUUUAAAAAGGAACCAUUCUUCAAAGGGAAAUCAAACCCAGACCAACUUGUCAAAAUAGUUAAAGUGCUAGGAACUUCUUCAUUGAAAAAGUACUUAAGCAAGUAUCAAAUAGAGAUAGACGAAGAAUACGAGGCUGAGUUGGGUUCUCACAAGAGAAAGUCAUGGGACUGCUUCAUAAACUCCUCUAAUAAGCACCUCGUAACUGAAGAGGCCCUUGACUUCUUGGAUAAACUCCUUCUAUACGAUCAUGCCAAAAGAAUCCUGCCCAAAGAAGCCAUGUUGCAUCCGUAUUUCAAGCCAGUGAGAGAGGAAAUGGAGGAUGCCACUAAAUCAUAAA